GGUUUUUGGCGAUUGGAGCGCGCACGGAGAGAUCCAGCGCCAGGAAGCUAGCGAUGGAGGAUCUCCCGGAGGAGCUGAGGACUCCUCCCGUUGCGCUCGCCGCGCUGGUGGGAAUGCCCGAGCUUCAUCCGCAGAUUUCGAUGUCGCUCCACACGGAGCAGCCGCCGAUCAACACCCUGGCGCUUCCGGAUUUCUCCAAGGUGGCUGUGAUUGGAGGCAAGGAGGGAGCUCCGCUCGAGGCUAGGAUUCCAGCUCCAGCGGGGGUCCUCAAGGCCGAUUGGAUGCACAAGCAUCGAACCAAAGUUCCUGCCGUGUUGGCUGUGCUCUUCGAUCGAGAGCAAGUUAACGGGGAUCCAGCGCAAUGGAUGGAAGUUUGUAGCCAUCUAGACAAUGUCAGGAAUGUGAUUCGCGGAAGGAACACGAAGUUGGUUGUGGCGAUCGUCCAGCCAACUCUUCACGGUGAAAUCAACGAUGAUCGAACGGCUGCUCUUCGAAAACGUGCAGAGCUUGACAACAAGUGUUGUAUGACGUUCAUAUCUCACGAUCCGACUGAAUUGAAACGAUCUCUCGCGAGGCUAGGGAGUAUUCUGGGGGAGCUUGCAAAUCUUUAUUACAAAGAACAGUCGCGCCGUGUGAAAGCUCGUCUUGACAAAAAGAACUGGACUGCGACCGAGAUUGCUGUUCGUUUCAAUUUUAAGAUGGGUUACUACGCGGAGUUUCGCAGAGAUUGGGUGACUGCCCUCAGGUUUUAUGAAACGGCGUACACUCUUCUGCUGGAGGUUUUCAGCAAUCCUGCGGAAACUCAGAGUAUUCAACGAGUUGUUGAGCUGAAAGCCGUGGCAGAGCAGUUGCAUUUCAAAGUCUCAACUUUACUGCUCCACAGUGGGAAGGAAGUUGAGGCCGUGAAGUGGUUUAAGCAUCACAUUGCUAGUUUCAAGAAGCUUUCUGGACCUCCAGAAGGCAUUUUUAUGCACUGGGCAUGGGUCGGCCAGCAGCACCACGUUUUCGGAGAUCUUUUGAAGACUGGCCGUUCUACAGCUCCAACAUCUACCGCUGUGCUGGCCGGAUCGGGUGUAACUGAGCGGGAAUUACAGCCGGGCUUUUACUACCAGAUAGCUGCUUCGUAUAUGGCUGGACGAAGACGAACCUUUGAGAGAGCGUUUGCAACUUUCGAGUCGUUUGAUAAUCCAGAUGCAGUGGACGUUCUAGCUGGUCCUCCAGAAGAAGUUGGUCCGCCCCUCUACGUCGGACAAGGUCCUCGUGUUCUAAGCAGAAUGUCAGAAGAACAGAGUGCUACACCCGACGAAUACAUGAGACAUGCGAUGCUGACGGAAAGACAAUUUCCUCAUUCGCGAGCUGCAAUAAAUUUGUUGACCAAGGCUCACGAACAGUACAAAGCCACGCAAGCGACCCGGAUGAUUUACUAUCUUGGAACGCAAAUGGGCCGCGAAUACUUUCAUGCGGGCGAACAUGAGAAUGCAAAACGGCUAUUCGACACCGUCGCCGAAAUGUACAGAAAGGAGGCAUGGGUUGAGCUUCUCGCCGCGAGCCUGGAAUAUCUGCGUGAAACGGCUAAACAUCUCGGACUCUCUAAAGAGUUUCUGGAGUACAGUUUAGAGCUGGCGGCAUUGCCGGAGGAAAGCUGGUCAGAGGUGGCGAGAAGAAGUACUGCACUGACAGACGUCAUUGCGGCUAUUACAGGGACUGAUGCACUGCCAGAUGGUGAAGCUCCAAUUGCUUUGGAGAUCGACCUCGUCAGUCCUCUCAGGGGAGUUUUAUCAGUUUGCGUUGCCUUCCACGAGCAGGCGGUGAAACCGGGUAUGUCAACACGCUUGACAGUUUCCCUGCUCACUCAUUUACCGCAUCCGUUGGAACUUGGUGACUUGGAGAUACACUUCAACCAGAAUGCUUGUAAUCUUGCUCUCAAGCAUUCUCUGGACCAGGGCUGCGAUCUGAAACUUAUGCCGCAUCAGUGGAAACGACUGGAAGUUGAUAUAAUUGCAGUAAAAAGCGGGAAACUAGAGUGUCUGUUCGCUGUUGCACGACUAGGACGCAACACCACCGUUCGCUGUCAAGUGGAGAGCCCGGCUUCUAGAGAACCGGAUCCGUUUUGGCAGUUUGAGCCAGCGCUCGAGAGUUACCCCGUGAAGGAUAAGAACUUGGCUUUUCUAGGACAGAAGGUUGUACAGGUGGAAGAGGUGGAACCCAAGGUUGAUAUAGAAAUCGACUCAGGAGGCACAGGCUUACUCGGGGAAACGGUUUUAGUUAGAAUACACAUCAGGUCCAGGGGGCAUGCUAUCGACGCCGGAGAAUUGCAAGUGUCCGUGACUGAGGUCGCUUCCAACGAUGCCUUUUCGCCGAAAACACCUUCCACAGGCUCCUCUGCUGCGUGUGCUAAGAUAUUCGUACCAGCUCGAUUGAAAGAUGGAAGUGGUGAGACGCUUCUAUGGGAGUUUCAGGGGUCCAUGAAGAUACCUUACGUCGAAGCAGAUGGAAGCUGGUCGACCUCCACGUACUUACGGUUUACAGAAGCGAAACCAGUCUCCUUUUUUGUUACAUUGGGAUACCAGAUACAGUUUGGAACCAACGACGACACUCAUAAGCUGUGGAGUCAUAAACACGUCGACUUACAAUGCGAGGAGGCUCUGAGAAUCAACUGUAGGUACAUGGUUCCGUUUCAGAGAGACGCGUUUCUUCCAGGCAGCGUCGAGAGAUCUGCUGGAACCGUCCUACCUUUUGAUGAAAACAUCUGCUCCGUGCCACUUCUCAUCUCUCCAGUCCAGGUCGAGGAGAAGAAUGCCAGAACGUGUCAAGUAAGACGAAUGGAAGGGAGCCGUCUCAGGAACAGCGCUAUCAGUCAGUCAAGCGAGGCUACCAAGCUCUUACCCGGCGAGGUCUUCAAUCAGAUUUUAUCUAUACGACCUCUGGCUGUAUCAUCAUCUCUCGACAUUGGCACCGUGGCUCUGAGGUGGGAAAGAGAACAGCAGCGACAGGAACCCGAGGUGGUGGAGGUUUCCGGCAUAGACGAGAUUAUGGCUUCACCUUCGAGCACAGAUGCUACGGGCAUUCUCCAGAGCUCUGUGACCACACGGUUAGCACUGCCGGUCAUCGCCGUCGAGAAGGCUCCCGUAGUAGUGUCGCUGCAGUAUCCACCGUAUGGCCUCCUCGGCACUCCUUUCACGCUGUCGUUUCGCAUCCAGAACCGGACGAACACUGUUCAGGAGGUGAAGUUCUCGGUGGUGGACGCCCAGAGCUUUCUGGUGUCAGGCGCAUCCCGAGGCUCCAUUUCACUGCUGCCUUCGUCGACGGAAUCACUGCCGCUCAAGCUGGUGCCGAUUGCGUGUGGGAUGCAGCAGCUCCCGCAGGUGAUGCUCACUCUCGUGAACUUCAGCGCCAGUUACCAGCCACCGGCAAGCAACACGCAGCUGUUUGUGUUCCCGUCGAAGCCUCGCCUGCAGCCACAGAGCAUCACGGAGGCGCUUGCGAGAGAGAGCGCGAUCACGAGUGAAGGUGGCCGAGCUUUCUACUGAGGGAAUUGGCCUAGAUAUGGUCUCUCUGUGCUAUGAGCUGCGCAAGCUGGAGCUGCAAGGUGAUAAACAUAUCGUGACUCUUGGCUUCCAUCUCGAUCCGCCUGUUCUCCGCCUGGGCUCGCAUCAACAGCAGCUGCCUCUGCGACUCCAGCUUGGACCUCUCGAUCCUCACCACUGACUCCCCAAGCGAAGCAACCAGAGCUACGAGAGCGUCCUUGGCCAGCCAAGAGCUUCCACAUCGCCUCAUCGAGCCGCCGCCACACCUCGUCUUCUUCCUCCUGUUCGCCAGCGCCCGUGGCUUCCUCUUCAAACCAGCAUCGAAGUUGGAGAGCUCUUCCUCCACCUCUUCCUCU